AAGAAAAAGUUGGAAAGUCCCGCCCAAAAUUGUUGACGAAGAAGAUGGCCGAUCCGGAGGAAUCUAACAAAAUUUGCGAUGAAUCUUCGCCGGAGGUUCCAGUUACUGAGAAAUCCACGGCGGCGGAGUCUUCAUCUACUCGAGAAACAACGAUCAACAAUCCACUUUGUGUUUUGAAUCAGGUUGAUCCGUCAACAACACCAUUCGAUUCAAGAUCGAACCAGAAUCCUUCGAGAUCGUCAAUAAGAACGAUCGAUGCUCCUGGGAGUUCGAAUCCGGCGACGACGGAGAUAUCUUUUGCAAUGAAGAAUCAACGCAUCGUAAAAUUCCGAGAAGUGGCUCCUGGAAAUGGAAUGUCUCUGCAAGAACUCGUCACUUUCCUCGAACGCUUUGAUUGGGAUGUAAACGUAGCCUUAAACAACUUUUGGGACCCCCAGCAAGCUCCUCCACCACAGUCGUCGUAUUCUUUUGACGAGGAUUAUGAUCACGAUGAUGUUGAUGAUGAUGAUGAUAUUCAGGUGAUGAUUGAUCAGUCGGUUUCACUGGACCGGAUUGCUGACGCUUGUAUCCCGGUGACUGAGGGAGAUGAUAUAUCGACGGCUUUGGCUGCGGAGAGGAUGAGUCACAGAGGUCCGCCUCUUCCACCGUUACAUUUACCGUCGUCACUAUCUUCACUUGGCAACUAUCAAAUCGGGAGCUCUUCUUCAUCUUCUCGUUUGAUGGGCGAUGACGUGCAUGACACGGGAGAAUUACACGAUGUACCUAUAACGUCUUCAUCUCAAGUGCAGAUUCAGGAAAGUAGCAAGAGUUCUGCUCAGAUCAGGGAAGACCCUCCUCCGCCAUAUAAGGUUGACAGAAUCUGCAAUGAAAUUGGAGUGUGUCGUUCUGAAGCACUCUAUUACCUCCAAGGAUUCGAUUGGGAUUUGGCUUCUGCGAUGGAGGCUUGCCGGAAAAAAACAUUGCCUUACCCUAAAUCUUUGCCAGGAGUUUCUGUGAAUGAGGUAUCCGUGGCGGCGGUGGCGCCAAUUACAUCGAGGCCAGUGGUGAUGAGCUCACGUCGGAUUUCGAAUGCGUUGCGGAUUCAGCCAGAGCAACUUCCGCCAAAGGAAGAUGAAACAAAUGAUGAAAAGAUCAAAAAUGUCUGCCAUGUCACUGGAGCGCCUCCAUCAGUCGCAGAGGCUUACCUCAAUCGCUACAAAUGGCAUGUAAAUAAUGCCGUCAACUCUUUAAUGGACGAGUGCUUCGAAGAUUCGAAUCCGCAGCGUAUCUCAGAGGAUGAUCAUUCGACUUCACAGUUUCAAGCUUCAGGGAGCUCUUCUUCCAGUUUCAUGAACGUUGUUGACCCGACCGAGACAGAAGAGUCACUCAAAAAAGCUACUGAUGAAGGUGUCCCCGUAGCUAUUCCUCCAUUGGCAUCGUCUCAAGUGGAUGAAAAAUUGAAGGGUAAGGCUGACGAGGAAGAUUCAAGCACGGAGAAAAUUAUGAUAACUAUCAUAUUUCACGAUAAGAAAGAGGCAACUAUUCCUUUUAGACCAGACCAAACUGUCAGAGACAUCCACAAUGAAAUUGAAGUGCGAAGACCAUAUGACAGGAGCGACUACAUUCUCAUGUCUACAAAUUUUGACGACUGCAAGGAUUUGGAUACAACGAUCGAAAAAGUUUCUAAAGGUUCUACAACUUUCAUUCAGGUCUACCGUGACUAGCUUUGGUUUUAUACAGUUUACAGAGGGAUAUGGAGGGGGAGAGAGAGAUAGAUGUAUAUGACUUUGGAUUCUUGCCUUGAGUAGAAAGGAAAAAUAAAAAAAAAACAGAACAGAGCAGCUUCAUACUUGGUUUUUUUUGAAAUAGGAAUGGAUAAGGAGAGAGUUCUUAUUGCUUUGGUUUAUGUACAGUUGU